AUGGAUAUUUUGCAUGCUGAACGGGAGCAGGACGACAACAAUGACAACCCGGUAGCCGAUGAUAAUGUCGAUGAGGACGAGCAACCCAACAACAUGCCCUUCAAUGUGUCCGAAUUUCCUCGGCAGCUGGCAGCUGGAGAUGGGCAUGUUCAGGAGGACGUUCGUACUGCCCUGUACCAGCAGCAGGCAGAGUCCGGUCGGGACUACGUGACAAAUUUCAACACUACCCCUCCUCGCACAGUCACUCUAACAAAACUGCGUACGAUGUACCGCAAUAAGGACUCCUUGGGUGCAAUGGGCAUGUUAUCUGGACGCCACAGGCUCGUUAUCGGCAACGACCAUACCAUUCCAAAAGAUGGCCCCAACGUAGUUCCUCGCGUCGGUCCUCAUUAUAUAGACCAUACACUCUACGUUGGCAAUCGCAAAGGACUAGACGCAGCAAUACCUAAAAUUCGAGCCGAUCAUAACUGGCAGGUCACCCUAGACCUCGCCAACACGCACCGAUUGUGGCCUGAUAGCAACGUUGCCUGCCUUCCUUUCAACCCCAUCGGCCGCAUGGUGUAUAUCGGAACGCGCCUACAGGAGCAACUAUGGCUAGCUGUAGUUCCUAAAACAUUUUUCGAACCAAACCACCCUGAUAAUGCCAGAACAGCGUACCCAGCACUGAAUGCGCCCAGCACUGCCCUGACUCAGCGUCAUGCAUUGAUGAUCGUUAUGUUCAUCGCCCAUGCAUUUACUGAGAUGCUCUUCCAAGACAUCCACUGCCGAGAGCGCUAUCCGGUCCCUCUCACUCGUGCCGCUGUCAAGGAAUCGACAGAUAUUCUGGGGAGGGUCGAUGAAAAUCACCGGCGUAUCAUUCUGCGACUGGAAGACUUCAAGCGACUCAGUCAUAUCUUGAACACCGGCUGGGAUGACUGGGUAGCGCAGGCGCCUCCAUCGUGGAAGGAGGAUAAUUUUCUCACCAACAAUGCGCCCGUGGGUGUCACUAUCCGAUACGGACAGAACCAGCCCCUCCUUGUCCAUGGAGCCCUCGAUGAUGAGCGCAGAAAUUGGGACAAUGAUCGCAAUUACACUCAUAUUCGGCAGUUUACCUUCUCUUUGGCGACUCAUAUAAGCUAUCUCGAUGUCAGGGAAUGGCGCGAUGUUCCAAAUUUUCAAAAUGAAGGUGGUAUCAUUUAUGAUAAAUCCAGCGACGAUCCCAUGCGGACUGAGGUUAAUCUGGAGGACCUUCCUUUACUCGACGCGGAUGGGUUCGAGAUCAAUGUUUAUAACGAGCAGGGAUUCAGGGUCCCUCGGCGCGCUCCAGUGCAAUUUUAUACCUGCGGGGCACUACUUAACCUUCAUUCCGUUCAUGAACUCUUUCGCUCUGACGAUGAUGCUCAUGGAAAUACUCGCAACAAGGCUCACUUUGACGUAUACCCCCUUGCUUGCACCAAGACACUUGGCAACAUUCAGUCUCGCAGCCUAAUAUCAAAUUUCCUGCCGCAUCUUACUCAAAUCGAUGGCGCUCUUCGCCCGCCCCUUGUAGGCGACGACGACAAUCGUGUUGAGGGUGACGUUGUCCCAGGCGAUCCUAUCCGCGGUGCCUCUGUUCUUCACGGAAUCAGUUGCCAGAUUUAUAAUGAAUUGUCUCAUCGCGUCCGGGAUGAAGCAAAAUUUCACCCUGUCCAACUUGGCAUGAUUUCCGCUGCUCUUUCGGGAACAACGGCCAAAGACUCUGCUAGACGCCGCUGGACUCGACGCCUCCAGCAAUGCAACCAUAGCCUACCCCAUGAACGAUUCAAUGACAAGGUGUCUGGUGACAACCAGCCUCAGGCUCUCCGAUUUGAAAAUACGUACACGGUGGAUGUUUAUCGGAUGAACGAAGAAUUUCGAAAUGGAAGCGAUAUAUAUGACCAUGUCAUAAGGCCGCUAUUCAAAACUUGGAGCCAUCCCACUGUCCUGUCUCCCAUCAAAGACACCAUUGUGGUCUUUCAGCCAAACCGCAUCCCUUCACUAUUUGCAUGGGCCACCUUCCCCUUGACCGCUUUGUUGGAAACUAUUUGGGAAAUGCACAGCAACACUCUAGUUGAUGGCGCAGUGAUCGAUCCUUGCAUCAUCGAGUUCACAUCAAUGAUCGAGCGGGCGCUCAAUUUCAGCCACACGGGCAAUGCGCGCGUGUUGUGCCGGAGACUAAUGGAUAGAGCUUGGAUUUCGCUAGGUAUCAUUCAUGACGGAUUGCCCUCCAUAUCGGACGCUUUUGAACUGACGUACAGCAAAGAACAUUAUGAGCACAAAAGCGGCUAA